AUGGCACGAGACACGGCAUACAGUCUAAUCAAAUCUCGUUCUAAACCAGUGAUUUUUGUGCACACAUUAGUAUCAAAUCGCUUUACGAGAAAGUACGGAUUCCUUUCCGUAUUUUUGAUGAUAUCUCUCGGAUUGCUUUACUACAGGAGAGUUUUAUUUCAAAAGUACAUCUACCAAACACUUCCACUGUACCAACGAUCUGUGACGCUAGUGUUUGGAAAUGAAAGCAACAUAGAAGUUGAAGAUACAGGUCAGCACGAUCGUUGGCUACCGAUUGGUGAUGUGGAAAAGAAAUUUAAAAUAUACUCAGCUUAUUUUGAUCCACGGCUAGAGGUAGUCGAAUCCUACAGAGUGCCGAAUGGGUUCCUGCCGUUCGGUAGUAUUCGGAUCUUUGCCAUAUUGCCAAUGAAUGUGCGGAAAAUAGAUGUAUUUUGCAACUUUAGAUCAGAUAACAACUAUGUGGCGCAGCACCAGGCGGACCAGGUGGAAGCAGUACACGAACAUUGGAAUAUGCAAUUUGCGGCUACAUAUGUGAUAUGUAAGCUUGCUGGAAAUGUUACCAAACGUGAGGCUCGCUUGCCGGAUGAAGUGGCUCUAAGCUAUCUCGGUGAACCCAGCAUGCAGGAAGCAACCAACUUUGUUCGUAUAAAGUACCCAAGAAAGGACAGGCUCUUCCGAUCUGCUCCCUCUCGUUCGCUAGCCGUUUGCGUUGGCCCGUUGCAUCACGACUUUGCGUACGCGCUUCGAAUGGUGGAGUUUUUCGAAUACUACCAAAUGAAUGGAGCAGAACGGUUCUACGUGUAUAACAAAUCGGCCACGCCGGAAGUGGACACGGUAUUACGAUAUUAUCAAGCAACUGGACUGGUGCAGGUGUUAGAUUGGCACUUUGAGGGGUACAAAUUCGAGAAUGAGUUGCGGUACGAGGGCAUAUUUGUGGCACUGAACGAAUGUUUCUAUCGUGCUACGGUAGCUGGUGGAUUUCGGUACACGGCGAUUGUCGAUUUCGACGAGUUAUUAUUUCCGGCCGGUGAUAAGGAGACUCUGCUGGAGUAUCUGCUAGCGAAAGACAGAUAUGAUGUGCACUCAUUCAACUUCCAAGGGGUGUUUUUCUACGAUAUCUAUGCACCUGAUUUCUCGCACGUACCGCCAUGGGCAAACAACACCUACCUCUACACACAGGUCCGUAAUGUGCGGACGAAAAAUCCUCUUCUGCAUCACAAUCGCAGCAAAUAUGUAAUGAAAGGUCGAAACGUGUUUGAAGCCGGGAAUCAUUUUGUGUGGAAAGCGGUUAGAGAUACGUACGAAUAUGAAGUGCCGGAAAACGAGGGACUGUUAAUGCAUUAUCGCGAUGGCAGCCUUGGUUAUGAUUAUGAAAACGUUAUACUGGACCCUCGUAUACAAGAGGGUUUUGGUAAACAGAUGUGGCAAGUGGUGAACGAAAAGUGUGCUGCAAUAUUCCCUACGACAGGUGUCUGUCCACUUGGAGCGAAUUAUAACCGUACUGAACCAUCGUAG